UCGUCGGGACUCGAUUCACUUGUCGUGUCUUUUUUUUUUUUUUUGUGGAAUUUUGUAGGUGUGGCGUGUGUGUAUAUAUAUAUAUGCUGGUUUGUACUGUCGUUUGGCAAUUUUGUUUGAAUUGAAUUGAGGGUAGGGUGAGGGGUGUGUGUGGGAGAAAAUGGGGGUUGAUUACUACAACAUAUUGAAGGUUUCGAGGAAUGCGACGGAGGAGGAUUUGAAGAAGUCGUACAAGAGGCUGGCGAUGAAGUGGCAUCCGGAUAAGAAUGCGGUGAACACUAAGGAGGCGGAGGCGAAAUUCAAGCAGAUAAGUGAGGCGUAUGAUGUGUUGAGUGAUUUGGAGAAGAGACAGAUCUAUGAUUUGUACGGGGAAGAAGGGCUCAAGUCUGGGUUGUAUCCGCCCCCGAAUAUGAAGGAGAGAGAUGUUGGAGGAGGCCGGGGGUUUAGAUUUAGUCCGAGGGAUGCUGAGGAUAUCUUUGAGGAGUUUUUUGGUGGAUUUGAUAUUGACAGGGAAAAAAGUACUGGCGGCGGCCGCGGCGGUGGUCUGAAACUGAAGAAGGCGGAGGCCAUGGAGAGUAAGUUGCCGUGUAGCCUGGAGGAGCUGUACAAAGGCACCAGAAGAAAGAUGAAGAUAUCAAGAAUUGUUCUGGAUGAUUCUGGCAAGCCUUGCACUGUUGAAGAGAUCUUGUCAAUUCAUAUCAAACCAGGGUGGAAAAAGGGUACUAAGAUCACUUUUCCGGAGAAAGGCAACCAUGAAGCUGAUACUUCCCCUGGGGACCUCAUCUUUGUUGUCGAUGAAAAACCCCAUCGGAUUUUUAAGCGGGAUGGCAAUGAUCUAAUCAUCAACCAGAGAAUCUCCCUCCUGGAUGCACUCACCGGGAAGACUCUCAACAUAACAACAUUGGAUGGACGAGAUCUACCUCUUACACUCUCAGAUGUAAUCAAACCUGGCCAGGAAGUGGUGAUUGAAAAUGAAGGAAUGCCAAUAUCUAAAGAACCUGGUAAAAAUGGAAACUUGAGAAUCAAGUUUGACAUCAAGUUUCCUUCAAGGCUUACUGCAGAUCAAAAAUCUGAUUUGAGAAGGGUCUUUGGCAGAUCAGCCCAGUAAUGAUCGGUUCAGCUGAAUGAUUGGGAUUGGCUACCCUCUGUAGUUUUGAAAAUGCAACCAAGUGUACAUAUUUGCCUUCAGACCGUAAAGGAUCUUGUGCAUAGUAGGAGAAAUAGAUCCAGGUUUUUCGUUUGCAGACUUUUAGCAAUGUUUUAUUCCAGCACAAGAGAUAUUGCAGCUGUAAGACAAUAGUGUUUUUAGCCAACUGUAAAAUACAAUAAUCUCUAUGGUUGUGAUUCCUGUUUAUUUC